AUGGAUUCGAUUUCGUUCAUCCUCAUUCCACAGCCAGACCUCUCCACACACACCGUCUCGCGCGUUGUUGGCGUCUCCAGCGAGGCCCACUAUUGGGCUAGCUUCGACAAGAAGGUGUGGACUGGUUCGGACCCGAUCAUACGGACCCUGGGCGGGGCGGCCUAUCACCAAGAAAACGGAAGCAGUGCGAUUAGAGCGAGGUAUCCAAUCACCAAGCUCUUGAAUGUUUUCUUCACUCGUGCUCUUGCUGCCCGCGUCUCGCCGCAUCGCGUUGUCGUCAACACCGUCACCCCCGGGAUGUGCAAGACUGAGCUGGCGCGCGACCUUCCCGUCAUCCUGCGCCCGCUCGUGUGGCUUAUGCACACACUCCUUGGGUUCACCGCAGAGCAAGGAUCCCGACAGCUCAUAUUCGGCGCCGUAGCUGAGCCUGCCCACCCAGAGAAGCUGCAUGGACAGUUCAUCAUGGGCAGCAAACCCACCGAGCCGAGCGACUUUGUUCUGAGCGACCUCGGGAAGAAGUCGGAGGAGCUCCUAUGGGAGGAGGUGGUGGAGAUCCUCGACAAGGUGGACCCAAAGGUGAAGCAGGUCGCCGAGGAGUAUCUGGCACGAAAAAUAUAG